GACAAAAAAAAAAAAGUCCCGGUCCGACCCACCGACAGACCGUGAAUCCUCCCGGGAGAACAGUCGCUCCUCUCCGGAUUGACUACAGCAGGAUCCCCGCUGUGUGGAACCUUUACCUGGAUCUUUUUAAUCUCUCCCCGGCGGUUGGAGCUCUGUUCUGCAGGGCUGAGGGUGAUGCAGCCCGGGCUGUGAGAGCCUGUGUUAGGGGGUUUGGAGCCGGAGGUGUGGGGGUCGCUGUGCAGCCCCAGGCCCUGCUUCGGCUUUGUUAUCCUGGGCUUCAGUUAGCAGCUCCUCAUCUUGUUUUGCAGGCUUAUCUUUCAGCAUGAAGCCCCUCUCCUGGAGACCCCCCCACAUGGGGACCAUCAGGAUUUAAAGCCCCUUGAUUGAUCCUUUUCUGCAUCUUUUUCGGAGCACUCGUCCAGAGAACAUCCUCUUUUUACAGCAUCUUCUAUACCUCUAUCUCCCCCUUUUAUUCCUCCCCCACCCCAGCAUCAUGGCCCCAGCCUGGCUCUCUGGAUGCCUGCUGCUGCUGCUCCUCCCUUCCUCACGGAGCUCCUACCCCCGCAGCGGAGGUGCAGACUGCGGCCCGGGGAAGGCCUCCGACUGCCCAGAUCUGUCCGAAAAGAAGAGCGACCUCAGAGUAUGUGAUGCCGGGACGUGUCGCUUCGGAGGAAGCUGCCGCGAGAACGGAGCCGACAUCAAGUGUGUGUGCCAGUUCCACUGUAAUAAGAAGUACAUCCCUGUGUGCGGCUCUAACGGAGACACGUAUCAGAACGAGUGCUUCCUCCGGAGAGCGUCCUGCAAGAAGCAGAGGAACAUCAGCAUCCUGUCCGAGGGGAACUGCUACCACGACGGAGCGUCAGGAUCUGGAGAUGGAGAUGACGAGGGAUCCGGUCGCGGGAAGAAAGUCUCCAAAUGUGGAAACUGCAAAUUUGGAGCCGAGUGUGACGAGGACUCUGAGGACAUGCUCUGCAUGUGUAACAUCGUGUGUAACGGUCACAACGAUAACCCGGUGUGCGGCGGCGACGGCGUCACGUACGACACGCCGUGUCACGUCCGAGAGGCUUCCUGUCUGAAGCAGCUGAAGAUUGACAUCAAACAUGUGGGCCGGUGCCAAGAUAAGAGCAGGAAGGACGACAGCAUGAAGACCAAACCAGACGUCUACAGUGUGUCAAAGCCAGGUGAGGGCGAGGGUUUCGAGGACCCCCCCAGCCCCUGCCCCGAGGACUACAACCAAUUCUGUGAGAAUGGGGAGUGUGAGAUGAGACACGACCUGCCCACCUGCAGGUGUGAGGCGGCGUACGGCGGGCCUCAGUGUGAUCAGCUGCUGGACUUCAACAUCCUGUACGUGGUGCCCAGCGGACAGAAGCUGCACUACGUCCUCAUCGCCGCCAUCAUCGGGGCGGUGCAGAUCGCCGUCAUCGUGGCCGUCGUCAUGUGCUUCACCAGGCGGUGUAACAAGUCGAAGCGUGGCCGGCGGCAGAAGCAGCACCUGGGCCACUUCCCGUCGGGGACGUCCUCCCGGAUGAUGUAGCCCCUCCCCAUGUUUUUACAGAGCCUUUCGUACCACAGACUGCUGUUUUGAUAUCUCCACUUUUUGGUGCCUCUUAAUUUUCCCCUUUUUUAAAAAUAUUUUUGAAUCCUUAAGGGGCCUUAUUUUGAAAAGUUCUCCAUGUGUUUUUUUAUUUGUGUUAUUGCUGUCUGCAGGUUUUCGGGAAACACUGUGGAUCCUCCGGCAGGAACUUUAUUUAUCUGAUUGUAUCUCUGGACCGUCCAGUUUCACCCUGUGGGACGCAGGUUGUUUCAUGCUUUUAUUUUGAAGGAAUGCAGAAAAAGGCUGACUAGUGGAAGAAAUGUAGGUCAAAAUGAAGACUAAAUAACUCAUUCUGAAAUGCAACUGAAUACUAAUUAAAUCUAGCUGAUUGGAUACAAUCAGAUAUCAAAAUUAAUACAUUAAAUUACAGAUUUUAGUCAGAAAUAUAGAAUCUGAACAUUGGAAAUAGAUUUACCAAGUAAUAUGCUCUAUAUUAUAAACACAUUUAGUAUUUACUAGUGAUUUACCUUUACAGUGGGGGAUUUUAAUAAAAAACACAACCAUUUUGAGGCCUUUAGAGUCAGAAUGAACCUUUACAAUGCUAAAUAAUGCACGGAUAAGCUACAUUUCUCUGAAUAACGUUCUUUAAUGUAAGGGUUUAAACUGAUCUCUGCUGUUUCUGUGGUGUAGUUCCGCGUCUCACAGGGUGUAAAAUAAGACCCUUAUUUUAUGUUUUUGUUACGAGACGCACCUGAAAACCAAAAUGCUGUUUUUCUACCGCUCAGAAGACGUGUACAGGUCGAUUUAUUCCAGACGCUCCAUUCCGGAAAUGGAUCCCCACGCUGUGGUUCCGUGAUAACUUAAUGUUUGAGUUGGUCAGUUUCUGCCUGUUUUUAUAUAUCAUUUGUAACGAUGGUACGUCGUGUCCGUGUGUUUGUGGUAGUCACUGGAUCUUGGUCAGAUUUACCGGAGGUGUGGGGGGGGGGGGGGGGGUCCAGCUGUUUAGAUGUACUGCAUGAGCCGUGACGUCAGGAAAUGUUCUGUAGAGGAAGUAGA